AUGGCUGACUAUAGGGCAGUAGUAAAACCGGCAAUAACUAGAGAAAUGGUGCAAAUAUUGCCACGUGUAAUAGUGGAUAGGAUAACCCUGCCCGAUGUUGUAGAGGAUAUCAUCAAGAAACCUGAAGGAGAUGGAAAAUCUGAAGCUAAAUCCUCUGAAACUGAAACUGAGGCAGAAGAAAAUGCAGAGAAAACGGAAUCGGAGGCUGAAACUGAAGAAGAUGAAGUGGAGUCGGAGGAGACCGAGAAGGGGGACGUUAGGUACGCCUGGAAUGCUCCCUGCAUGAUGGUUCUUUUCGAGGAUGGCGAUCUCAAUUGUGCCCGUCAUCAUCUCGUCGAAUCUCUGCAGGAUCCGUUUGCCUUGGAUGCGGUGGCCGUGCUUUUGGUACAAGAGAGUCUGGUGGAAGAACUAGAGCGUCGAGUGGUGACUCUGAUGAAACCCUUGGAUUCCCGGGUGGCCAAUCAUCCCUGCUAUAGGCGCACCCUGCUCAAGAUUGCCGAACUGAAACCAAAAACUGUCGUCGGUUCCCCAGAUAGUGUAUUACCCGAUGCCACGCCCAUGUUGGUGCGCGAUAUUCCCCACAAAUUCCUGGGCGACGGACCCACCGGCAUUAUCACGAUGCACAUUUUUCGCACCCCCUUCGAGGCUACGCGGAUUUAUCGAAAGGAAUAUCCCCUGCCCAUCGCAUCGGUUAGCCUCUGGAAUGAACGGGUAUCGAGCGUCUACGAAGUGAUUGGCAUGAUGAAUGGCCUGGACACCUUUAAGAUCAACUGCUUUAGGGUGGAAAUGGAGCCCAUCAAGCGUGCCUUUGAGCUGCGAAAGUAUAGUGCCUGCAUGCAUCGCGGUUAUCACUACGAAACUCUGCAAAUUAAUGGCGAGCGGAAGAUUAUCAUAUUUCCGGUGGGAACUAUAUUCGGUAACUGAAGUGUAAACUAAUAAAGCUGCGAGAUAAUAUUGUUU